AUGCCUUUACAAUUAGCCAAAUCGCUUAAGUUACACAACGACAAAGUGUGGUCCAUUGAUUUUGAGCCUGUAAGAGGACUCUUGGCCACUGGAUCCACCGAUAGAGCUAUAAAAGUUUUACAAUUGAAGAAUGGCAAGGAGAACUUACUGGAUGUGCUGGAUGACACUGUUCAUAAGAAAGCAGUAAGAUCAGUUGCAUGGCGUCCACAUUCUGAUCUGUUGGCUGCUGGCUCCUUCGACUCUACUAUAUCUAUAUGGACGCAGAGUGACCUCGACCUUGAAGAGGGUGCCAAGUUAGAGAUGGAGCUGUUGGCCAUCAUCGAGGGCCACGAAAAUGAAGUCAAGGGGAUCUCUUGGUCCCAAGAUGGUUGUCUGUUGGCUACAUGUUCUAGAGACAAGAGUGUAUGGAUAUGGGAGACCGAUGAAGCAGGCGAGGAGUACGAAUGUAUCAGUGUUUUGCAAGAGCACUCUCAGGAUGUUAAACACGUAGUAUGGCACACAAAACAUAACUUACUAGCAUCUAGUUCAUAUGAUGAUACAGUGAGAAUUUGGAAGGAUUACGACGACGAUUGGGAAUGUGCAGCGGUGCUUACCGGUCAUGAAGGUACUAUAUGGUGUUCUGACUUCUCAAAGGAGGAAGACCCCAUCAGAUUAUGUAGUGGUAGCGACGACUCAACUGUGCGUGUAUGGAAAUAUAUUGGUGACGAUGAAGAUGACCAACAGGAAUGGGUUUGCGAGUCGACUUUGCCGAAUGCACACAGAUCACAGAUAUACGGUGUCGCCUGGUCACCAUCCGGACGUAUUGCCUCUGUUGGUGCAGAUGGUGUCCUUGCCGUAUACAAAGAAAAGCAGAAUGACUCUGAAGUAAGCGAAUGGGAAAUAUCUGCCACGUACAAAGCUGCACAUACUGUUUAUGAGAUAAAUACAGUUAAAUGGGUAAAUAUAGACGGCAAAGAAAUGCUAAUAACCGCAGGUGAUGACGGGAGAGUGAACCUGUGGAAUUACCAAGACUAA